AACAAUUCAUCAAACCAAAUGUCACAAUACCAGAACUAUUUUUUCUUUUGAAAUAAGUCAGAGUACCAAAAUUAUAACUAACUCCAAAUAAUAUUCUAUUCUUUUAACAAUGCUGAAUUCAAAUUCGUUGUUAUGAUAAAUGCAUUUCUGCGGAUCAAAGCACUAUCGAUUUGGAAGUUCAACUGGAAAGGACCAGUUUUGAUAGAUGAAGUCCAUUCACUUGAUUUACAACUAUCUUUUUACAGCAAUCUUCAACUUCUGUGGAAAAACAGAGACCCAUUAUUAUUUGCAGAAAACAGAGAACCAAUAUGUAGGCAAAGAUCUAUUCCCUUCUGAAGAAUUUAAGUGAAUUCAAGACUUGACAAUGUGAUUAACAAUGGCUCUGCAAGUCUCUCAGAAAUCUUCACCAAGUUUAGAUUUGGCUCAAAACAUUUUACCAGGGAUUUUCCUCUAUAAUCAUUCUAAAUAAUGUACGACCAAAUAAACCAACUAGUAUGAAGACUUGGUCCUGCACCCUUAUCCAGUGAAAUUGACAAGCUAAAUGAGCACAUGCAUAAAUGACCAAAAAAGGGUAUCUCCAUUGCCGUCUCAGAUAUGCAUACAACACAAAUGACUACCCCCAAUCAUUAACAAAAGUUCCCAAAGGGCCCAAGCGUGGUGCUCUACCACAUGAAAAUGCCGGCCAUCUAUCUUUUCUUCCUCUUUUUAGCUAUAUAUAGUGGGUAUUGCGCCUGUGACUGACAAACACGAGCUUGUAACAUAUACACAUUUUUUACUUUGAGAAGGAGAGGAAUUUGCCAGAAAAGAUGGCUGUCAUUUCCUUGUUGACUCUCUUUUUGUUGUUUAACUUCCAUUAUGAGAUUGCUAAGGGAAGCAAAUUUUCAUCCGCAACUGAAGCAACCAAGACAGGCAUUUUACAAACUUACAUUGUCCACGUGAGGCGUCCAGCAGAAGCAGGAGUUCUUUCUCAAUCAGGUGACUUAAAGACGUGGUACCAAUCUUUUAUGCCGCUUGCCAGUACCAGCUCAGAUUCAGUGCAACGCAUGGUUUAUGAAUACAGAAAUGUGAUCAGCGGUUUUGCAGCCAGGUUGACAGAGGAGGAAGUUCAGGCUAUGAAAACUAUGGACGGGUUCUUGGCGGCAUAUCCUGAAAGAAAUUUGCGGCUGCAGACAACUCACACGCCUAAUUUCUUGGGUUUGCAUAAGGAAACAGGAUUCUGGAGACAAUCCGCAUUUGGAAAGGGUGUCAUUAUAGGAGUUUUGGACGGUGGAGUUUUUCCUAGCCAUCCUUCGUUCAGUGAUGAAGGAAUGCCACCUCCCCCUGCUAAAUGGAAAGGAAUGUGUGAAUUUAAUAUCUCAGCCUGCAACAACAAAAUAAUUGGUGCGAGGUCCUUUAAUGUGGAAGGUAAUCCCAGAAAGAGACAAGCAGCUGAGCCACCAAUUGAUGAAGAUGGACAUGGGACUCACACAGCAAGCACAGCUGCUGGUGCGUUUGUUAGGUAUGCAGAUGUGCUAGGUAACGCCAGAGGUACAGCAGUUGGGAUGGCGCCUUAUGCUCACUUGGCAAUUUACAAAGUCUGCUUUGGAGAUGACUGUGCCGAGAGCAAUAUAUUAGCUGCAAUGGAUGCAGCUAUUGACGAUGGUGUUGAUGUGCUUUCACUCUCUUUAGGUGACGAGUCAGUUCCAUUUUUCAGGGACAGCAUUGCAAUUGGCUCAUUUGCAGCAAUUCAGAAAGGGGUCUUUGUGAGCUGUGCAGCAGGAAAUUCUGGUCCUUUGAACGGCACACUCUCUAAUGAAGCCCCAUGGAUUCUCACUGUAGGAGCAAGCACCAUUGACAGGAAUAUUGUUGCCACAGCAAAGCUCGGAAAUGGAGAAGAGUUUGAUGGUGAAUCCCUUUUCCAGCCUGCCUUUCCUUCCACCUUUUUGCCUCUUGUUUACGCAGGAAUGAAUGGAAAACAAGAGUCUGCAUUUUGUGCUGAGGAGUCCUUGAAAGGUAUGGAUGUCAAAGGCAAGGUAGUUUUGUGCGAACGUGGAGGUGGGAUAGCCAGAAUUGGGAAAGGGGAGGAAGUGAAAAAUGCCGGUGGUGCUGCAAUGAUUCUCAUGAAUGAUGAGCCCAAUGCCUUCAGCACCUCAGCCGAUGCUCAUGUUCUUCCUGCAGCACAUGUCAGCUAUACUGCUGGACUGAAAAUUAAAACGUACAUAAAUUCAACAACAACACCUGUAGCAACAAUUUUGUUUAAGGGGACAGUGAUAGGGAACUCAUUAUCACCUGUUGUUGCAUCAUUCUCUUCAAGAGGUCCCAGCUUGGCAAGUCCAGGUAUCCUGAAGCCAGACAUAAUUGGGCCAGGAGUGAGCAUUUUAGCAGCAUGGCCUUUUCCUCUCGACAAUAACACAAAUUCAAAAUCCACUUUCAACUUAGAGUCUGGAACAUCAAUGUCAUGCCCUCACCUUAGUGGUAUUGCAGCCCUGCUCAAAAGCUCUCAUCCUUCCUGGUCACCAGCCACCAUCAAGUCUGCAAUUAUGACUUCAGCUGAUGUCCAAAACCUUGAAGGUAAAUCCAUUCUUGAUCAAACACUUAAUCCUGCAGAUGUCUUUGCAACUGGUGCAGGCCAUGUUAAUCCAUCAAGGGCAAAUGAACCAGGACUAAUUUAUGAUAUUCAACCCGACGAUUAUAUUCCUUACCUAUGUGGCCUUGGCUAUAAAGAUGGCGAAGUUAAAGUGAUAGUGCAAAGAUCAGUUAAGUGCUCAGAAAUAACGAGCAUAGCUGAAGGAGAACUAAAUUAUCCCUCCUUUUCAGUUAAACUGGGGCCAUCUCAAACAUUCACAAGGACUGUAACAAAUGUUGGUGAGGCAAAUUCAUCUUACGAAGUCACUAUUGUUGCACCACUUGGAGUCGAGGUGAGUGUUGAGCCCCGUAAGCUGUACUUCUCCGAGAUGAACCAGAAGGCUACAUACAAAGUGACAUUCAGUCCUAGAUCAUGCAAAAAAUAA